AUGACGACCAAGGCCAGGCGGGCCAAGGUUACCAGUUUGCUCUUCGGUGCAAAGGAGCUCUACGAACUGAGCAUCGAGGCGUCCAGCAAAGAUGAGAAGAUCAUGGUGAACUGGUUCCCCAUGUCCCUCAAGGACGACGCACGCUCCUGGCUCCUGAACGUCCCUGUGGGAUCGGUCUCCUCCUGGGAUGAGAUGCGUGAGCGCUUCAUCGCAAACUUCCAGGGCAUGCGUGACCGCCGGCCGGCCGCGGGUGACCUUCGACGCAUCAUGCAACAACCAGGAGAGACACUGCAGAACUUAGUGCUAACCUCCUCCUCGUUCCCUAGAAAGCAGCUUAUAACCUCCCCGUGUACCCACCUCCUCCCAGAUUUUUCUAUCCCCAAUCUCUCUCUCUCUCUCUCUCUGUCAUCCCCAAAUCGCCUCUCAGCCGAGCUCCAUGACCGCACCGCUGCCUCGGCACCACCGAUUCCGGUUAGCUCUGGUGCUCUCCCGCAAAGUUUCUCACUAUCCCGGUUGUCCCUCGGUGCUCUCCACCGACCCCGCGCCGCCACGACGUCCUCCGCCCCUCUAUCGCAACCCUACUGGUCGCCGCGGGUCGCCGGCGCGGCUGCCGCGCCUCCUCUAGUUUCUAGCUUGGUCUCGGCGGUGUUGCUCUGCCUCGGGUACCUCACCUCCGACAUUGAUGGUUUAGUUCUGAAAUUGACCUUGCUUCAGCCAACAUGCGUGUGGUCGUUCUGUCUCUUAGCAGAAACAGAACUCCCUAUUUUUUUCCUAGAGAAGCCCAAACAAACCUGGGCCCUUUCAGGGGUCGAGGCCAUGGCUCACGUCUGGGGAUCAACACAUUUGAAUCUCCGCUUGUGGUACAUGUCCCCAUCUCUGUUCAGGGUGGCGCUACAAGAUCAAAUCGAAACCAGAUCACAUGGCAGCUCAGUCUGACCAUGCAUUCCUUCAAGGUUGAGUCAGAGCCUAGGUAGGUGUGAUGACGAGCACAAGUGGAUUGGAUAGUUGCCCUUCCACCCCCCUCUCCCCUUAUGUUCCUUAUAGUUCAUUGUUUUUUGUGCUGUUGCUUCUGCAGGUUCCGAAAAUUCAUUCAUAGGAAAUCCUAACGCGUGAUUAUACAUAAUUUUGUAUUUUCCAGAGGUCUCUACAUUGUAUUUUCCAUAAUUGGAAAAUACUUAUCAUUUAAUUUGGAGCUGAUGCAAGAUGCCAAAUUUAUUUAGUACAUGGUUAUAAGUUGCAUAAUCUGCAAUGUUGUUUAAUAAACUCAUGUUGAAAACGUUCUUGCCUUUAGAUUAUUAUAAUUAGCCCCACAUCUAUAUCUAUAUCAGGGUCUUCUUAAAUCACAUUUGUGAGCAUUUAUCACACUACCUAAUUUAGGUACAUCCAAAUCUAGCCUGGUGUGAAUUAUUUUCUUUGAACAUAAAGUAUUUUUGAAUUGUGGAAACCUUGCAUCUAUUUGUAUUUUCUGGAAAGCUGCAGAUCUUUCUUUAAAAACGAAGGAUCUGUGAUAUGUCAGCACAUGUUUUUCUUCAAAGGAGGUACCUCAUUUCUUACAUAGUAUGUUCAUUUCAAGGUUUAACUCAAUUAACACACAACAGAUUUGUUCAUAAGAAAGCAAUGAUCAAAAGUAUUUGUCGAAUGUUCGCUGUUACUCUCCUUUCUGCGUACAAAGCUGCUAAUGUCAUGGCAUUCAACUUCUGUAUGGUGCCCCUCUACAUUUUGUUGCUCUAUUAACCUGCUUUUAUCUACCGUAAGUUACUCAUGUAAUUUUUCGUUUCUCUAGAUUUCCAAGAUAAAUGGAUGAUGCAUGGCUCAGAUAUUGAUUGCAAGGCCAAGAAUGGGGUUACUGUUAGAUAAUUAGAAUGUCAUUUUCACGAUCAAUGUUUCAAACAUUGUAGUAGAUCACAAGGUCAAGAAUUAUGAUAAAACUAGAUAGUUUCACAUCUUGUAAUCUUUGGAUCAUGUUCUAUGCAACGCUGCACAAUCGAAUUAAUAUAUGAAGCAGGUUUAUUUUA